GUGUCAUUGGUUUGUUCUUGUGGAUGUUUGGGGGCAAAUGAGCCGGUGUUGAGGCCGGGGGGAGGAAUCAGGAGUCGGUCCAUCCUGUGACUGGCUGCGCGGAGAUCAGCUGCAUGUCGACGGCUGUAGCUGGCUCGGUAUGUCGGAUGAAGAUUCCCGUGCCAGCACAAGCUCUUCCUCCUCUUCAUCAUCAACCCAUCAGCAGCAGCAGCAGCAGGAGGCAAACCCCCCAAAGAAACGAGAAAGCAAAGCCAGCAUGAGCAAAACCUCCAAACUUCUGUCCACCAGCGCUAAAAGAAUUCAGAAGGAAUUGGCUGACAUUACACUGGACCCACCUCCAAACUGCAGCGCUGGACCUAAAGGAGACAACAUCUACGAGUGGAGGUCCACCAUCCUGGGCCCUCCAGGCUCCGUGUACGAGGGAGGAGUGUUCUUCCUGGACAUCGCUUUCACACCAGACUACCCCUUCAAACCGCCCAAGGUGACGUUCCGUACGAGGAUCUACCACUGCAACAUCAACAGUCAGGGAGUCAUCUGUCUGGACAUCCUGAAGGACAACUGGAGUCCCGCACUCACCAUCUCCAAGGUCCUUCUGUCCAUCUGCUCCCUGCUCACAGACUGCAACCCUGCUGACCCUCUGGUUGGAAGCAUUGCCACACAGUACACAACAAACAGACCUGAGCACGACAGGAUAGCCAAACAGUGGACCAAACGCUACGCCACAUAAUCAGCGAGGCGGCCGCUGGUUGGACCACCUGGGGAAUGUGGGGGGUGUGGGAGGGAAAGUGGGGGGCGGGGGUCCUGGCUUGUAGCAGAGGAGGGAGGUAGGGUGGGUUUUUAUCUUGGAAUUGAAGUCUUAACUCCUGACAUUUGUUUGUUGUAUUUUUUUUUCUCUUUUUUUGUAAGUUAUCUCUGGCCCGACUAUAAUCAAAUCCGGCAAUAACGCAUUUAGUGUUUCUCUUUGAAGUUUUAGCCUGUGCUUGAAGAUGGACAUUAAUACUUAAACCACUAGAUGAAAUGUGUCUGAGCAUGAUUCCCAGUCAAUGAUGUCAGUGUAAAUUCUCACGUUGGUGUUUGCUUCCCCUCCAAACUCCCGCUCUAUGGAAAAAAAAAAGGUGUUUUACACAUGUAGACAUGUUUAGAAAUGGAUGGAUAUUGGUUGUGAUUUGUGUUGAGUACUGAUGAAAAGCUGUUCUGUUUCUCCUUUUAAAGAAUUAAACAUGACCAAGUGAA